ACUUAGGUGACAGGUGCAAAUGUUCAAAAGUAUAUACUGGUUUGUUGUCGUUUACAGAGAUCAUAUACUGUUAAUAAACUUCUUAAAUAUGAUUGAAUAUGAAUACGAAUGGUCAGAGGUCAUGUCGAUUAGUGAAAUUGGUUCUUUUGGGUGUGAUAAGAAGACUUGGCUGGAAUAUUCUAGUCAUAUGGAAUCAAUUUUUUUAAAGUAUAAGGUUAGGAAAGGUCUGAAAAAACUUAUUUGUAUAGAGGCAAUGGGCGCCAAAAUCUUUGAUCUUUUAACAAUUCUCGUUAGACCAAAACAUGUCGCUAACGAAGGUGUUACCUACGAUUUUAUAAUAAAUAAACUAGAAAGAUACUUUCACCCAAAUCAGGACGUGCAUUUUUAUGUUACUAAAUUUCAAUUGAGAAAACAGAGGUAUACAGAAACAUUUUUUGAGUAUGUAACUGCUUUGCGUAAGAUUAUGGUGAAUUGUAAUUUUUCAAGAAAAAAUCAACCUCGUAAAUUACGAAACCAACUUAUUUCGGGAUGUGACGAGGAUCUGAAAUCAAAAUUUAAUCCACAUUCCAUAUCGUUGUCGCAAUUAUUCGAAGUAGGUCUUCUCUGGGAUGAUUCAAAUAUAAUCAAACCACCUCCACAUCCAAGAAACCACAAAGCAAGAAAAAAUAGAAUUGCAAAAUGUUUCAGAUGUGCUCAAGCUAAAACACUGCAUAAUAAUGAACCUUGUGUUUUUGAUUGGGCGAACUGUUCUCAUUGCAAUGUUAAUGGACAUGUUUCUAUAGCUUGUAAAUAUAAAGAUACUAUUUGCAAUAAUUGCAGUGAAAAAGGACAUGUUCAUAAACUUUGCAAAAAGCCUGCUGUUGUCUCUUUAACAUCUUCAUUAUGUGAAUUGACUAUAGCUAAUGCCAACUGAACUCAAAGAUUUCAAAUGAUUGACUUCAUUUUCUCUAUUUUGGAUUCUAAUAUUCUUUAUAUUGAUAUAAUUGAUUUUCAUUUAAUUAAAUAAUUAAUUAAAUUUUAAUUUUUUUUUUGAAAAGUU